ACGCGCACCGCAAUCUAUUCAAUAAUAUACGCAUAUUUGCUUCGUUGAAAUGUAUUUUCAUUUAAAAAGGAAAUAACAUUAUAUAGAAAAACUGUAACGAAAGAAAAAGAAGAAUGGCUGACGGAUAUAGCAUUGAGACUGGACAGAAACGCACAUUUGGCUCUCUUGAUUAUGUUCUGUUUUCUUUGAUGUUUUGUUUUUCUGCCGCUAUAGGAUUUUACCAUGCAUAUAAGGAUAGAAACAAGAAAAAGACAGAAGAUUUUCAUCUUGGAGGUAGAAAGAUGCACCCUAUUCCAGUAAGCUUGUCGCUAUCAGCGACAUUUCUAUCCGCGUUAAUGCUCUUAGGGACGCCUUCGGAAAUCUAUACGAAUGGAACUAUGUUUUACUGGAUUACUGUCGCCAUGCUCAUAGCAACUGCCGGUGCUGCACAUAUCUUCUUACCAGUUUUCUACAGGCUGAACACAACCAGCUGUUUCCAAUACUUAGAGAUGAGAUUUGGAAAAGUUACCCGAACAAUUGCUUCUAUCUUGUUCCUGAUACAAACUGUGGUCUAUAUGGGAUUCGUACUGUACGCACCAUCGUUAGCAUUCGAAGCUGUGACCGGAGUCUCAUUAUGGGGUUGCAUGAUUGGCACAGCGGCCGUGUGCACGUUGUAUACAACACUUGGCGGUUUGAAAACCGUGCUUUGGACUGACAGUCUUCAAUUUAGUAUAAUGCUAGCUGGGCUUCUUGUAGUUCUUAUUGAAGGAACAAAGGCUACCGGGGGAUUCUCCAACGCAUGGGACAUUGCUAACGAUCAUGGGCGACUAAAAUUUGAUGAUUUCUCAUUUGACCCGAAAACAAGACACAGUGUGUGGACUGUAGCAAUUGGCGGAUCGUUUUUCUGGUUGUACCUUUACGGUAUUAAUCAAGCGCAAAUCCAGAGAGCGUGUUCUCUUCCCACUCUUCGACGUGCUCAGGUAGCUAUGUGGUUGAAUUUUCCAGGACUUGUUUUGAUUGUGACAUUGACCGUGUUAAUAGGCGUGGUUAUGUUUGCAUUUUACAGCCAAUGCCACCCAGUGAAGUUUGGAAUUGUAAACAAAAUUGACCAACUACUACCGUUGUUUGUAUUAGACACAUUGGGGACGGUACCGGGGCUUUCAGGGGUGUUCAUAGCCUGUGUCUUUAGUGGAGGAUUAAGUACUAUCUCAUCAGGUCUCAAUGCCAUGUCAGCCGUUCUGAUGGAAGAUUUCAUCAAACCAUUUUGUUGCGGAUCUGUUGUGAAGAAACAUGGCAUUUUUAUGUCUAAAGCACUAGUUGUUGUUAUUGGAGUUAUACAGUUCGGUGUAGCCGUACUGAUUUCUAGAUUCUCCGGUUUGAUCCUCCAGUUCUCAUACAGUAUGUACUCUAUCACCGCUGGACCAAUCUUUGGUCUCUUCGUCGCCGGAAUGAUAUUCCCAUGGACAAACAAAUAUGGUGCACCCAUUGGCUUUCUUGCAUCUUUAGCCUUUAUGUGCUGGUUAGGACUUGGCGCCUUGAUUGAGAAGCCAUCCGGAUAUAAACCUCUGCCGACAUACACAUUGGCGUGUAACUGGACGACGAUAGACAAGUAUCCGCCAGUAACAACUUUGGCACCAAUUGUAACCGGUUCUUCUACAAUAACAGAGGAACCAAUUCUUUACGACUUUUACCGAAUGUCUUACCAGUGGUACACGGGACUUGGAAUGAUAAUAUGCGUCUUUGUUUCUUUAUUGGCCAGCUUUUUAACGGGGUAUACAAAAGCGUCGACCAUCGACAGUCGGCUUAUGUGUCCUAUCUUAGACAUAUUGUUCCCAUUUCUUCCCGAAAAUAUACUUAAACCGUUGCGAUUUGGUGUAAAAUGA